CUAGAUCACCUCCGCCCGUCACCUCCGCCCCUGGCCGCCCAGGUCCACCCAGGGGCCCCUCCCCCAGCCGCCCCCGAGCACCAAGUUGGCGGGAGUCUAUAAAAGCCGGUGACCGCGCGACCCGUGGACACUUAGUGUAGGCGCCCAAGCAGCCACCGCUAGACCAGCGUCCUUUCCUGCACUGCCCCGACCGCCAGCGCGACCAUGUCCCAUCACUGGGGAUACGGCAAGCACAACGGACCUGAACACUGGCACAAGGACUUUCCCAUCGCCAAGGGACAGCGUCAGUCGCCUGUUGACAUUGAUACCAGUGCAGCCAAGUAUGACCCUUCGCUGAAGCCUCUGCAAGUUUGUUAUGAAAAAGUGACUUCUAGAAGGAUUAUCAACAAUGGUCACUCUUUCAACGUGGAGUUUGAUGAUUCCCAGGACAAAGCAACGCUCAAAGGAGGACCCCUUGAUGGCACUUACAGAUUGAUUCAGUUUCACUUUCACUGGGGUUCAGUUGAUCAGCAAGGCUCUGAGCAUACUGUGGACAAAACAAAAUAUGCUGCAGAGCUCCACUUGGUUCACUGGAACACAAAAUAUGGGGAUUUUGGAAAAGCUGUGCAACAACCCGAUGGACUGGCUGUUUUGGGUGUUUUCAUGAAGGUUGGCAGUGCUAAACCAGGCCUUCAGAAAGUCAUUGAUGCUCUGGAUUCUAUUAAAACAAAAGGGAAGAGUGCUGACUUCACUGACUUUGAUCCUUGUGGACUCCUUCCUGGAAGCUUGGACUUCUGGACUUACCCAGGCUCACUGACCACCCCUCCUCUUCUGGAAUGUGUCACCUGGAUUGUGCUCAAGGAACCCAUCAGUGUCAGCAUAGAACAGAUGAUGAAAUUCCGUAAACUUAACUUCAAUAAGGAGGGUGAACCUGAGGAACUGAUGGUGGACAAUUGGCGUCCAGUUCAGCCACUGAAUAACAGACAAAUUAAAGCUUCCUUCCAAUAAGUUGGUUCCAUGACCGGUGUCCAGAUAAUGAAGCACAAGUUUUAUCUUAGUGAUUUUGACCCUGGCUGGUUUGUGUCUGGUUGUCUAGACUGGUCAUCUCUGACCUGACAUCUUUUCUAAUAAAAUGUGAGCAGCAAGACCAAUUGCCAUGUUUGGCAGAAUUGCUGUGAUGGGCUGGUGCUUCAUUUAUGGUGGUGGGUUACUGUAGUCUUUCUGUAAUAGAGCAUAUAUAAGGAAUAGGACUAAAGUACCUUGACUUUUUAUGCAGCAUGUAGGGGGAAAUUCACUCACAAUUUUUCACUAAAAUGCUAUUUUUAAAACAUAGGACAAUAGAGUGACUGAGUGCAAAUUCAUAUCAUGAGCUAGAUUGAGCCAGUCAAGGAAAAUCAGAUGAAAUAGUCAUGAUUCUAUGUAAUGCGAAUCAGACCAAAUCAAUGUUCAUGACUCCAACAUGUUAUAAUAAAGAAACACUUUAAGACUUCUUAAUAUAUUUAUAGCAAAAUUGUCUUCAAAAUGAACUAUGUUGUAAUUUAGUGACUUUUGAAUUAUAGAGAUAUAAUUGAAGUAUCAUCUGUAAAAUUGUUAUAAUUAUAGUUGUGAUACAGAGUAUAUUUCCAUUCAAAUAAUAUAUCAUAACUUAAUAAAUGUUGUAUUUUAGAUAUAUUCUCUAAUAAAAUUCAUAAUU